GUGGAAAGGAAAGGAAAGGAGAGGAGAGGAGAGGGAACUUCCUUGGAGAGCUGCAGAGGAAAGGGCUGGCUGUUGCUGCAAAGCAAAGCAAAGCAAAGCAAAGCAAAGCAAAGCAAGGGCCUUUCUUCCUAGUGCCUGGCUUGGCUUCCCACCCCACAAGUGGACCCCCAUUGCGGUUUUAAUCCAGAGUAACAACCUCCACAACAUCCUCUUCUUCUGCUUCUGCUGCUUCCUGCCUGGUUGGACUGAGCAAGCUAUAAUAAUUGCUACCAGCAUGUUAGCACUGUCUGACAUAGCUGUAAACAUGACUUGACAUCUUAAAAAUUGCAUUCAUGGCCAUUGGAUGAUCGAGCAAAUCAUGGAGCUGAAAGUAUGGGUCGAUGGAGUCCAGAGGAUCGUUUGUGGUGUCACUGAAGUUACCACUUGUCAGGAAGUUGUUAUAGCUCUUGCUCAAGCUAUAGGUCGUACAGGAAGGUAUACCUUAAUAGAGAAAUGGAGAGACACAGAGAGGCACCUGGCACCUCAUGAAAAUCCUAUUAUUUCCUUGAACAAAUGGGGACAAUAUGCAAGUGAUGUGCAGCUAGUAUUACGGCGUACUGGGCCAUCCCUCAGCGAGAGGCCAACUUCAGACAGUGUUGCUCGGAUACCAGAAAGAACUUUGUAUCGUCAGAGCUUGCCUCCAUUAGCCAAGCUAAGACCUCAGAAUGACAAGUCAAUAAAAAGGCGGGAACCCAAAAGGAAAUCUUUGACUUUCACAGGAGGGGCGAAAGGAUUAAUGGACAUUUUUGGGAAAGGAAAAGAAUCUGAAUUCAAGCAAAAAGUUUUGAACUGCAAGACGACAGCUGAUGAGUUGAAGAAACUGAUCCACCUCCAGACAGAAAAGCUGCAGUCUAUUGAGAAACAGCUGGAUUCAAAUGAUGCUGAGAUCAAAUACUGGGAGCAGAGGUUCAGUUACAGCCUGGAAGAUGAAAUUGUCAGACUGGAGCAGAAGAUCAAAAGGAACGAGGUUGAGAUUGAGGAGGAGGAAUUCUGGGAAAAUGAGCUCCAGAUUGAGCAAGAAAAUGAGAAGCAACUGAAGGAGCAGCUUCAAGAGAUCAGACAAAGGAUUUUGGACUGUGAAAACAAACUGAAGGAGUAUAUAGCCCAGAUUCGUGGCAUGGAAAGUGGCCUUGAGGCUGAAAAGUUACAUCGGGAAGUGGAGGAGUCAAAAGUAAAUGAAGAAGAAGUCAAAGGGAAGAUUGAAAAAGUCAAGGGGGAAAUUGAUAUUCAGGGACAGCAAAGUCUGAGGCUGGAAAAUGGUAUUAAAGCCGUGGAGAGGUCUUUGGGCCAGGCCACCAAAAGGUUACAGGAGAGAGAACAGGAACUAGAGCAGCUGACAAAAGAGUUGCGGCAAGUCAAUCUCCAACAGUUUAUCCAGCAAACAGGGACGAAGGUCACUGUGCUGCCUGCAGAACCAACAGAAUUAGAGGCUUCGCACACAGAGAUUGAAAGGGAAACAACCUUUCAGACUGGAUCCUUGAAACGCCCCAGUUCAUCAAGACAGCUGCCCAGUAAUCUUCGGAUCCUGCAGAACCCACUGUCUUCUGGUUUUAACCCAGAGGGCAUUUAUGUAUAACACUAUAUACCUCUUCUUGAGAAGACCUAUAAAAGGUACCAAGGACCAUAUACGUUCCCUCCUUGUGCAUCUGUUCUCCCAGUGAUGUGUGGAGGGAAGGAGAAGAACUUCCUUUCUGAAGCCAACAAGUGUUGGUGUUUUGUUUUUUAAUGAGAUUUAACGAACCAACUUUGAUUCCUGCCUCCUGCACUAAUGAUAUGAAGAACUAAAGGAACUGUAGAGGCACACUUUAGCAAUGUUGCAAUUGCUGCCAAACAGCUAUGGUGCAAAUAGCUUCAUUUUCUAAAUGCUAUUUCUGAAGAAUUUGGAGAAGUAUUAUUCCACUGCAGGCUCAAAAUGACUGACUAGAGUGCAAGAAACUGUGUGGAAAUUAAUUAGGGUUUAAUUUAUUCCAUUUAAUCAGUGGAUGUGUGAAUGUUGAUGUAUACAAUUUUACCAGUGCUUCUUGCCUAAAGAGCAGGACUACAUGUUAAGCCUACCAGGACUACUGCCUAAAAUACCACCCUUUGUUAGGUACUCCUUUUAUCUACUCACACAUGAAAAUUCAUGUAACUCCUUGAUGUGAGUUCCCACUUCCCACUUCUUUCUACCAUCAUUUUUCACUUCCCUGCCAGCAAUCCCUGGUUGGUUAGGUCAUAGCAUGGGGUAAAUCAAUGAUUCCCAGACUCUGGUCCUCGAAGUGUUUUGGUCUUCAGUUUGCAGAAGCCUCAGCUGUCUUGAUCAAUGGUCUGGGAUUAUAGGAGCUGAACUCCAAAACAUCUGGAAGGUCAGAGUUUGGGAAUUAUGGGGGUAAAUGAUGAUAGCUCUACUGGGGAAUGACAACUCCACAUGGAUGCCAUUUUCAGUAGCUAUCCUGUGCUGGGCUUAAUUUGUAAUUCUACAUUAACAAGAUCAUAUUUGUAGCCUGAAGAAAGUAAGAGUGUGGCUGUGGUUACAGGUGUGUGUAUGUUUGAGGGGGGAAGAGUGAGUGUGAAUGGGCAUGUGCAAGAGUGAGUAUGAGCACAGAAACAACAAUGUACAUCACUACAGUGGCUCACAGUAACAAAGUGUUGUUAAGGAUGAAAGGUGCUGAGUCUUUAAAACAGUCCCUUGAUAUUUUUGUUCUGUUGCAAGUUUCGUUGUGUUAGGGCCAUUGCAGGAUUUUUACAAUCAGUGGCUUAUCCCAUCAAAGGUCUGCUGGGACUUAAUCCUCACUUGGUAAGGAUGUGUUUAGUAUUUGAUAGAAGAUCUUUUAGUUAAACAAUGGUUUAUUAUAUGAAAUUUAUAUUUGAGAUAUUUUGUCACAAUAAAUAUGCUUAUCAAGGAACAAAACACUAUAUUUUCAGUCAAGUGUCUUGCCAAAGGAGUUCAUCACUGGGUUUUGGUUUUUGUCUAGCAGGGUGUUGGGUUGGGUUUUUUUUUCAUGAUAGCUUUCUUGUAUGGUAGUCAGCUUUUCCAAUAAAGACACAGACUUUCAGUUUAAUGCUGACCUGCACUACUUGUGACUCACUAAGCCAAACACAACCUUCAAGCCAUAUCUGGUUGACCUGCUAGCGCUUGGCAACUCUUUUGUUGCAGUAUCAGGCAGGCAAGAAAAAUGCAAGGUUAUCAAGCCAUGUGGUGGUCUCUGCCACAUGCAGAUGGUGGAGCAUGUUCACCUUUUGGGGCAUGACAACAUGUCUGAUGACUUGCUUAUAGCAUGAAAUAGUAUUUCAUUUUUUAAAAGUUAUGUAAAUGCUUGCAAGCUUAUUUCUGAUCAAUUUGUUAUGCAAAACGGUCUGAAGAAGUGGUUCCCUUUUUACAGAAAGGGAGCUCAGUAAUUUAUAAAAUAACUUUUGUCACCAAAUGCAACCCAAAAUGAUAAAGUAGAUUUAGAGAAGAUUGCAUGCCCCAGAGACGUAGGAGUAAGCGCAUGAAUCAUUGUUCAUGGCAAGAUUUAAUUAGGUAAUUUGGAUCGCUGAACAUUUGACUGACAUGUCCAAAACUUUAAUGAGCACAGUGAUUCCCUGAAUCUUAAGAUAUUACAAACUUCCAACCAGAAUCUAGGCCUCAUCUGUAGUAUUUUAAUUGGCCAGUGUGAGAGCUGAUAGCCACCAGACACGUGGUGGGCUUUAGUAUUUCAGUGGGGUAAUAUAUGGACAUUGCUGGCAUUAUUUUCGGAUUUGGCUCUGCAAACAGAUUAGCAUUUGCUCCAAUUAAAAUGAUAAUUUUAAGCCAGAGGUCAGUUCCUCCAAGUACAUUCACUUAGUGACCAGUGAAUUACUUGCAGACUAUGGCCUAAAUUCAGUUGUUUGUCCCUAACAGAAUGGACCAGUUCAAUCAGUGGAACUUUCAUCAAUGUUGAUUGGGAGAUAUUCCUCUUGCUGAGUAAUGCUAACUUAUAGUUUCCAAUUUCAGUCUUACUGAAAUGGGAGUUCAGCAUGUGCUUCAAUGCUUAAAUGCCAUUUAUUUCAAUGAGAGUUAAGAGGUGGGAUGUUAUGGAUUAUGCCCAUGGGCAAAAAGUCAACAGAGUUCUUCAGUGGUUUGCAGUAUCAAAUUCUUUGAGCAGGGAGUUGCCAAAAGGCAAUUUAUAGUUAUCUAAAUACCCAUUUAUUCACACAAAGCAGGAAACAUAAAAGGCAUUGCUUUUUAAAUUUAUUUUUACAAAUAGAAUAUACCACCCCUAAUUUGCUUAAUGUGUAUGCAGAUCCAAAUUGAAAUUUCCAUUACAAUUGAAGAAUAUUCCUCUUUUACAGCUAUUAAUAUGAGUAACAUUCAGUUCCAGGUUGAAUGAAACUGUAAGAUAAAUGCAACAAUUUUUUCUAUAGGAAUGUUGUUUUGCCAAGUAAGCCUCAGGACUAGUAUAUAUGUAAGCGUCUUAUACGAAUUGCAGGUUUUCACACAUCCACAUCAACAGUUAAUUGUCUUCACUUUCCUACGCAAAUUUGCAUUUAUUCACAUCCAUGUGAUGCAGACAGAUGGCUUCACUUUUGAUAAUGCACGUUUAUACCAAUUUCCACAGAUACUCCAAUAAAAAAAUGCAAAUACUUUUUCUGCAAAGUUUAAGGAGUUUUUCAGUUGGGGUGCAAAAAUCCCCAAAUCCUGUGUGGCUCGCAUUCCAUUCAACUGGAAUGAGGGGGGUUUUUAAUUGUGUAGACAACCCUCAGCCAAUAUAAAAGAAAUUUGUAGGAAAGAAGAGGCAAUUUCUUUCUUUUUUUCCUGCCCACAAUUGAUACAGUAGUCUGUAUUAUCCUGCUUCUGCAGUUCCUCCCCCAGCAUCUUGGCCAUAUUGGCUGUGGAUGAGACCAGAUGUAAUCCCAACAUCUUGAGGAGCACCAAGCUAGGAAAAGCUAUCACAUGGUUUUCACUAGUAAAGAGAAGUUGAUUUGGUGUCAUUUAUAUUUGGAGUACCCUUCAAAGAACGCGAUGGAACAUGCACCAGUUUGAAUGGUGUGUGGUACAUAAAUUAUUGGAGCAUAUCUGCCUUUCUUGCUGGAUUUAAUAAAAAAGCACAUUUUACUUUUGUAAAGUUUAAACCUGUGUUUGCAUAGGGCAGCAGGAGCAUUUUCAUAGCAUGGCAAUGGCAGCUCUGAUACUGGAGAAUCCCUUUGAAAAAAAGAAUUAAUACCAAGGCCUUUAAUGCAUUUGUGAACUUUGUGUGUUCAUCCACAUGCGUAACUGAGAAGUGCCCAUCAGCUAGUCCUGUUCCAUUUUGCCCCAGGAGUUGUUCAAGAGAACACUCCUCAGGAAGCCUGGAUGUGAUCAUCUGAACUUCUAAAGAUUGCUUUUUAAUUUUUAUAUUGUGCUGACUGAGAUGGAAGAGGAAUGUUUCAGCAUUGCACUUUCUAUUGUACAAAAAAAAUAUUUUUGAGAGGUAGGAUGUUAGACAAAGGUUUUUGCUUCCACUUGCAACUGCUCAACUCUUAGCAUGGCUUCAUCUUGAGAGCCUCUCUUGAUAGUGUGUUCCUGAGAUGACUGGAAUGACCUCAGUCCACAAGACCUUGUUUGAAUCAUGCCCUGAAACAGACAUGUGCUUUGUGAAUAAGAAUAAAUGGGUUUUCAGAAAAACUUGAAGUACCCUUCAGAGAAGCAUGCCCUGAGAGUAUAUGCUUUAUUUUUAUACUACCUAUGUUAAAUUUGGGAAAUGCUUCCAGAUACUAUUGGACUGCAGCAUACCCAAAUGGAACAUAGCAAAUGGGCAGAAUUUAUGGGAGUUGUAGACCAGCAGUAUCUGCUAUGCCACCUGCUCUCUACCUCAUUCUUCCCCAACCUGAUGCCCUACAGAUAUGUUGGACUACAAGUCCAGUGGCCAUGGUGGCUACAGGUGGUAGAUAUCAUUGCCCAACAGGGUCAACAUGAGUCGAGGUAUACUCAAGGGUAGUUAACAACAACACUGAAGAGCAUGACGUUGGGGAUGGUCGGUCUGCAUCUUGCGAGCCACCUAGCAGGUUUUUUAAAAGGUUCCGUAGACUGCAGUUAAAAGGGCAGAGAGACAGUUCUUCAGGCAUGUCAGUUACACAGCAAGGAGCCUGAGGUUUACAGGCCCAUCCCUCUCUGUGCAGAUAACUCUGAAUAGGAAUGGAGAGUAUAAGAACAUGGGUGCCAGUAAAAGCUAGCCUUCCAACUCUUCCAUCCCACUAAAUAGAUUGUACAAGUGCAAGUGCUGAACAUGCCACUGCCUUGUUCUCAUAAAAGGUAACAUGAUCAGUGAUGGAGGAAAAGGAGAAAAGGAACCUGAAUGUGAACCAGCUCCAAGUGAAAGCAGAUCGUGACUUAAGCUUAUAAUCAAGGGUAAGGGACCUUUGACACUCCAGAUCAGAGGAGAUGUUUUGGACUUGGGGAUUUUAAUUCCCUUCAGCUGAACCCAGCUUGACCAACAAUGAAGGAUUGUAAGAGUUGUUACCUAAAACAUCUGGAAGACCAAAGGUUCCCUGCCUCAUCCUUUAUAUCUUUGCAGAUGUGGUUGCACAGGUACAAGGCACUUGUGUGUCUUAAAAUAUAUGCAGUGUUUUGAAAGAUGAAUAAAUAUGUAGGAGACUUGAUGACAAGGUCAAUGAGCUUGGAAAAUGUUCACUAUUCAUCAGUCAAUCUGUUCAUCAAAGUAGCUAGGCUUCUCUGCAUUUGCAUGCCUUUGAAGGACAAUAGUAUCUUUCAAGAGGACAUUAGUCUUCUUAGUAUGUAUUCAGAAACAAUUUGCUUUGCAGCUUGCAGCCCUGCUAUUGCACAUUGGGUAGUUGAGAGAGUGACCCCUUCUGGGUUUUCCCCCAGAACUCUCAAAGAGGUAGACAAAUUCCCAGUGUACUUGACUUUAUGUGAAUUGGGCCUUAAUUAUCCAUGUAAAUAGCAAAAAUUGUAUUCCGAUUUAUUUUCCGUUAUUGAAUUAAUUCUGUGGUAUAUAUUUUUUAAAAGUGUCAAAAGUGUUACUUUUAUAAUCUAGCUUUUUUUUUAGACCAUUGAUUCAUGCACGUUUAUUCUAUUUGUUACAGUAUUCUAAUGUUUUGAAUGAAGGCCAUCAACUGUAUGGAGAUGACAAAACAAAUAAUUCUGUCAGUUUAUUUAUUCGGGAUUUUUUUUUCUGCUUUACUUUUUUGAAAUAAAGUUUCCAUUGCCAGUACA